AUGUCCACCCAGGAUGAAGACAUCAAUUAUGGGAGUACUGCAGGCCCUGCGUCUAGCCUAGCGCCCCAUGCCUCAUUUCGGCGGAACUUGGGUACGUCCGAGGCGUUCAGCAUCAUCAUCAAUAUCGUUAUCGGAAGCGGGAUAUUUACCUCUCUUGGCGCCAUUGACACCAAUGUCCCCUCCCCAGGUGCAGCCCUAGUCGUUUGGUUCGUGGGGGGCAUCUUGGCUUGGACAGGUGCUGCAACUAUGGCCGAGCUCAGGGCGGCGAUUCCGGGUGAAGGAGGUGUUCAACAGUACCUCCAGUAUAUCUACAGCGAGGCCUUUGGCUUCCUCGCCGGGUGGACAUGGGUCGUUGCGGUAGUGCCGGCCUCGCUCGCAAUCCUGAGCAUUGUGUUCGUGGAAAGCAUCUACUCUGCGACCGGGGUGACCGAUCAACCCGAUAGGAUGGCACAUAAGCUUCUAUCCUCUCUGGUUUUCAGUACGCGGCUUAACACAUUCUCUUUCACCACCAUGUUCGCUGCUAUCGCAGUCACUGUGGUUGCGGGACUGGGCUUCUUUGAUGCUCGCAACACCGUUGGCUUGGACGGGAGGGAGAUAGAGUGGCAGAAGUUACAAAGGUGGGAAUCUCUCGGUCAUUAUUCCGCCACACUUUGUGGUGCACUGUGGGCAUACUCUGGAUGGGAUAAGGCAAUCUAUGUUAGCGCCGAACUUUUUUGUCCGGCCCGCCAGUUACCUUUAGCCAUCAAUACCGCGGUUCCCAUUGUCAUCCUCAGUUUCAUCGCAGUGAAUAUUGCCUACUAUAUCCUCCUGCCUUGGAGUCUAGUGUCCACAACCGAUAGUGUAGCAGUGACAUCAUUUACAGCGGGUCUUAUCUGCCUGGUGGUGGCAGGAUCCUUGCUGGGAAGUUCGUUUGUCGCCGGUCGCAUAGUGGUUGCUGCAGCAAAUCCCACCUUCCUGGCCCGCGUUGGCACCGUUUCAGGGCGAUCGACUUCGACAGCAGAUGCCCCCAUCAAUGCGAUCUUCUUCUCUACCACCUGUUCUAUUGUGUACAUUUACUUCGGGAACUUUCGGGUCUUGGCGACAUUCAGUGGUCUGUCUGCGCAUAUCUUUUUAUUCCUGACCAUGGUCGGCGCUAUCAUCCUUCGGGUCCGUGAACCAGAGCUGCCCCGCCCGUAUAAGCCGACGAUCUGUGUUGCCGUUGUGUUUGCUCUGGUCAGUGGGUGUGUGGUUGCUCGUGGCGCUGUUUUUGCUCCUGUGCAGGCCGUGGUGCUCAUUGGACUAUGGCUGGUGGGCCUAGGGUUGUAUAGUGCGAGGAGGCAAUGGAUAGGGAAGGGAGAGGCGGAGAGUAGCGAGCAAUAG